CAGACUCGAAUCGGGCGUCUAUCGUUUUUGUGCUAUACCUCAAGUGGUUUAUUCCCUCUCAGACAUUUGGUCAAUUCACGGUCGUUGAGACCUACGCUCAUUGUCUAGCGGCUGCCGCCUUGAGAGCUCACCGGUAGAUUCUCCACCCUGUAGGCUUCAGCACACGUCCACCUUUGUCGGCGCGUUGGCAAGACAUCUGUGCUGCACUUACCGCUGCAGAAAAUGCAGAGCUGAAAUUCUAGCGUUCGGGCGAUGUACAAUACAUAAAGCCGACUACAAGCUCACCUCAAACAGCGGAUCAAUUCCAACGCAAUGGCACCUACACUCGAACCGAAAGAGAUCAAACUCCCUGGCUUCGGACUCCCGUACGAUGGCUGGGAACAAGAUUCUGAGGACUAUGCACAGGCGCUCUCGACGGUAAUGGACUGGACCCACCCCGUUAUGACAAUCCGGGAGAGAUGCAUGUUGUUCUUCGUGGACAGGAUAUCCGAUAAGCCAGACUGGACACGUAAGGUGCAUGAUGAGGAGAUUGUCGCCAAAUGGAAGCAAGAAGCAAAGGAGCUGGAUUGGACCAAGAUCAUCGAAGGUGGCGACAUGACCGACAAGAUGUUGAACUACUGCAUCGAUGAACUACGCUACAAAGCCGACUUGUACGAGAAGACUCGCAUCAUUCCUGUACUGGACGCUUCAUCAUGCGUACUGAAGUCAGAUAACGCUAUACCGAACCAGCUCAAAGAUGAUUUGAGGAAGGCAGUCGCACUCCUCGAAGAUGUGCCUCAGAAUCAGCAGGACUGGCACCCGGGGUCUGAUGGUACAAUGCUUGAUUUGGUACAUCCCUCGCUCUUCCCACUCGUAUACGGACGCUCGCGCAUCCUGCCGGAUUCAACGAUAACCCUCGAUGAUUGUCUCAACAGCAUUGGCAAAGGUGUCACGGUGCCAAACCCGCUUAGUCGAGGUACUCCAUUAAACCAAGAUAUCCGUAGUCGUGAAUGGUACGGUAACCCGACCGACCUUUGGUCACAUCGAUUUCAAUGGCUACCCUGCAACGUAUCUUUCCCGGACGGAGAUAACGCACGAAUCGACUCCUAUAUCAACAAUCUGCAUCCGAAGGAUCACACAGAUCUGUACCAUGUUAUUGAGAAGAUAAUCACUAAAGCCAUCCCUUUCUGGAAUGUCGUCUAUCAAAGCGUUCCAAAUCAUGGAUUGUUGGAGACCAGCUUACGCAUCAGCUGUGACAAUGUCAGCUAUACGUUACCCGAUCGCGUAAAUGAAGACAUGCCCGACGACUUCGAUGACGAAGAAGAUUACUGGGAGUACAAACAGAGGCAAAGAGUCUACAGCUUACCGGAACCUGGCGAACCUGGCGAGCAUUCAAUCACAGUCGACGAUGUGGAAAAGAAGUUCACAUUCCUUGAUCUAGACGAUGAGAAGAACGAGAAGAAGUUUCAGGUCAUUGUUAAGUUGGCCAACAUACAUUUGACACCCGAGAAGCCUGAGUACAAGGGUGGCUCGUGGCAUAUCGAAGGCCAGCUAAACGAGCACAUCGUUUCCACAGCAUUGUAUUAUUACGAUAACAGCAAUAUCACGGAAUCUCGUCUGCAUUUCCGCACCAGAGUUGAGGCAAAUCACUUCGCCGAUGACAUAAGCUACGAGCAAGGCGAUGAUCUUGGCUUCAAGACUAUCUGGGGCGUCGAUAACCAGGCACAAAAUGAACAACUCCUCGGCAGUGUACUGACCCGGGAGGACCGUCUCAUCGCAUUUCCGAACGGCUUCCAGCAUCGCGUCGGAGAUUUCAGGCUGGCCGAUCCGACCAAGCCAGGUCAUCGCAAGAUCCUGGCGCUGUUCUUGGUAGCCCCUACCAUACCGAUCAUCUCGACGGCAAAUGUGCCGCCACAACAACGCGACUGGUGGACUCGCGAAGUGAAGCUGGAUGAAAGCAGAGUAGGGCAAUUGCCUGCUGAGCUUGUCGACAUGAUCGCCGAAGGCGUCGAAGACUUCCCCAUUGGGUUGGAAGAUGCAAAAGCGAUCCGGGAGGAACUGAUGGUCGAGCGCAGUCAGAUAAACGAGGCGGUCGAUUCUGCAAUGUGGAAUGAGAGCUUCAGCUUCUGCGAGCACUGAACUUGUGUGGUAGAGCGUUGUCUUCCUCUCCACCUUAGAACUUCGUCGCGCUUCAAGCGUGAGGGGAUAG